AUGGCGCCUCCACAACAGCAAUUCCUAUAUAUCUAUUCCGGGAAACUGUUUGAUCCCAUCAGCCGCACCAUCCAACCCAAGAGGCUGAUCAAAGUCAAUGUAUGCACGGGAAGGAUCCAGGAAGUCACAUCGUUCACCGAAAUCGAGGUAGCCAAGAGUGGUGUUCGGGUAUUGGAUUGUAGGGAACUCACCAUCGUCCCCGGGUUCGUCGAUGUUCACGUACAUUUCUUCCUACACCCGUAUUGUGAGACGUCCUGGGAAGACCAGCUAACGAAGGAAUCGCUCGUCGAGCGGACGAUCCGUGCGGCUAACCACGCGAAGAGCACGCUGAUGGCUGGGUUCACCACCGUCCGUGAUCUGGGGACAGAGGGCGCUGGGGACGCCGAUAUCGCGUUACGCAAGUGCAUAAAGCAGGGGCUUAUCCCCGGACCUCGGUACUACUGCGCCAAUAGAGCAAUCGUGUCUACUGGGAGCUACGGCCCCAAAAGCUCCGUACACAUAAACAAAGAAGGCAUUGACGGCGUUACGGGAGGAGAGGCUGCUGAUGGGGUUGACGAAUGUACGAAGGUGACUCGUAGGCAAAUUGGUGCUGGAGCGGAUUGGAUAAAGAUAUACGCUAAUUAUCGUGUCCUAUCUCGCUUGUCGGCGUCAUCGUCGACCUCUCUCGCAAAGCUCUCCGUCCCGACGUUCUCGACAUCUGAAAUGGAAGCAAUCAUCUCUACAGCCCACGGCGUCGUUUCGCCGAUCAGCAAUAAACCUGCCAUCCGCGUCGCAGCCCACGCCACGAAUUACGCGACCGUCAAGACUCUCCUCGAAUUAGGAGUCGACUCCAUCGAACACGGGACGGAUAUGUUCGACUUUCCUCAACGACUACCACCAGCGCCCCAAACGAGCGGUGAAACCAAAGUCGAAACCAUCGCCCAUCUCUUCCAGGAAAGCGGGGCCACGUGGGUUCCAACUCUAGCAGCCUACUACACCCUGGCUGGAGGUCAUAGUAGCCGAGCCGGCGAGCUCGACGCGUGGGCGCGAGGAGAGCGGACGUUCCGCGCAGCGUUGCCCUACAUCUCAAGCGAUCGGUCGGCUUGUACGCCUCGUAUCCGGGUAGCAGUUGGCGGAGACACCGGCGUAUUUGCGCACGGUAACAAUGCGUUGGAGAUGCAGCUUAUGGUCCAGCUCGGGGCGCGUUGGCGCGACGUCCUUAGCUGGGCGACUGUUGGCGGGUGGGGGUGCAUCACGGGCCGCGAUCCUGAGAAGGUGGAAGAAGAUGAACCUGGCUUGUUUCAGGAUGCGGACGAGGGGGAUGACCCUCCGUUUGGUGCGUUGCGCCCUGGGUGGGCCGCUGAUAUUGUUGGGUUGGCGGGGGACUUAGAGGCGGCCGAGGACCCGAUAGCCGAAUUCGUACGAAUGACCCAUGAGGAGACGGGUAUCAGGGUUGUCGUGAAAGCCGGUACGGUGCACAGAUGGGAAGGAGCAGAACCGAUUACAGUUCAGUAG